AUGCGUAUUUUAUAUAUUUUGGAAAUUGGUGAACGCAAAACUAAAUGUUUUGGGUGUUUAAGUUGUUCUAAUCGCUCUCUUUGUAUUUUCUUUUGUAUUUUACAAAUUAUUGUUGUUGGGUGUUCUUUGUUUCAGCAUUUAUACUCUUGGUCUCGUUUUGGACACGUUUUCAAAUGCAAUUCAAAUAUUACCGCGGAGGCUACUUUUGAUGAAAGACUGUUAGCUUAUGAUAUUGUAAUUUUUGAUUAUGGAUUGAUGAAUAUUGUUUUGAAAAUGAGUAAAUGUGUGGCGAAUUAUUUGGAUGGAGGCUAUUUACGUUUCUUUUGGUAG